AUGCGUGAAAUUGUACACAUCCAGGGCGGUCAGUGUGGCAACCAGAUUGGAGCGAAGUUCUGGGAGGUGACCUGCGACGAGCAUGGCGUCGACAUGGCUGGAUCCUACCAGGGACAAAGUGAUCUGCAAUUGGAGAGGAUAAACGUCUACUUCAAUGAAGCCAGCGGUGGACGUUAUGUUCCGCGGGCUGUCCUCAUGGACCUGGAGCCAGGCACCAUGGACAGUGUCCGGUCCGGGCCGUAUGGGCAGAUCUUCCGCCCUGACAACUUCAUAUUUGGACAGACUGGUGCUGGCAACAACUGGGCCAAGGGACAUUACACAGAGGGAGCAGAGCUCAUUGACUCUGUCCUUGACGUUGUCAGAAAGGAGGCAGAGUCCUGCGACUGCCUUCAAGGCUUCCAGGUGUGCCAUUCCCUGGGAGGUGGCACAGGCAGUGGGAUGGGUACUCUCUUAAUCAGCAAGAUCCGCGAGGAAUACCCCGACCGCAUGAUGCUGACCUUCUCCGUGGUGCCUUCACCCAAGGUGUCAGACACAGUGGUGGAGCCCUACAAUGCCACGCUGUCAGUGCACCAGCUGGUGGAGAACGCCGACGAGUGCAUGGUGCUGGACAAUGAGGCACUGUACGACAUCUGCUUCCGCACCCUCAAGCUGACCACCCCAACCUUCGGGGACCUCAACCACCUCAUCUCUGCUGUCAUGUCUGGCAUCACCUGCUGCCUGCGCUUCCCAGGUCAGCUGAACUCCGACCUGCGCAAGCUGGCGGUGAACCUGAUCCCCUUCCCCCGCCUGCACUUCUUCAUGGUGGGCUUCUGCCCUCUGACCUCACGCGGCAGCCAGCAGUACCGCUCCCUGUCAGUGCCGGAGCUGACGCAGCAGAUGUGGGACUCCAAGAACAUGAUGUGCGCCGCCGACCCCCGUCACGGCCGCUACCUCACCGCCUCCGCAGUCUUCCGCGGCAAGAUGUCCACCAAGGAGGUCGACGAGCAGCUGCUGCAAGUGCAGAACAAGAACUCCUCGUACUUUGUUGAGUGGAUCCCCAACAACGUCAAGUCCUCCGUCUGUGACAUUCCCCCUAAGGGCCUCAAGAUGGCGGCCACCUUCAUCGGCAACACCACCGCCAUCCAGGAGAUGUUCAAGCGCGUCAGCGAGCAGUUCACAGCCAUGUUCAGGAGGAAGGCCUUCCUUCAUUGGUACACUGGUGAGGGCAUGGAUGAGAUGGAGUUCACAGAGGCAGAGUCCAACAUGAACGACCUGGUGAGCGAGUACCAGCAGUACCAGGAUGCCUCAGCUGAGGAGGAGGGUGAGUACGACGAGGAUGAGGAGCUCUGA